UCACAAGUCCUUGUUUUUAGUGGGUUACCAAACAGCGAAGUCUUGUUUUGCAGUUGGAGAUUUCAAGAUCAGUUAUCGGUAGAGAGAACGACAGAGAAUGGACGAUGUUGAUCGGCUAUUUGAGUGCUUCAAGUGUGGCAUCUCUCCUCCUCCAUCUGCAAUGAGGGAAAGAAAGAAAAGCCGUAGUAACUCUAAAAGUGUGAGUUUGGCACAAGAUGAAGCUUCGGCAGAUGCUAGGAUUGCACAUUCAGGAUCGUCAAGACAAGGGCAGAAAGAUGCAGCAAAUAUGCGGCUAUGCGUUGAAAAACUCGGUUCAACAGAAAUUAAUCCAGUCAAGUUCAGCAGCCGUAAGCAUAUUUCUCCAGUUGUCUUCUAUGGAUCUCCGCAUGGUGUGCCAGCCAAGAAACCAAGGCGCUUGUUGCAAUUACUACGCGAAAUACACAAUGACCUCAGUGAAGAAAAUGAUUUAAAUUCAAGGAACAAAGUCUGGGUUACCUUUCCCAAACAAGACCAGGCAAUAGAAUUUGCAAAAACACGCUCUCAUGUUCGUCUAUUUAGUUAUCAAGAUCAUUUGAAUGGACAAAGAAGGUUUCUCGUCUCAACUUAUUCGGAGUUCUGGCAAAGGUACAAACAUAUGGAGUCCAGAUAUCGUCAUCAUUAUGAAGUGAUUCAGGAAGGUCUACCGUGUCAUUUGUAUUUUGAUCUGGAAUUCAGCAGGAUAGUCAAUGCAGACAAAAAUGGAGAGGAAAUGGUUGAUCUAUUGAUAGCAGCCACUUUCGAUGCUUUAAAUGACAAGUACUCUAUACAAGGAAAUCUAGACUGGAUUGUAGAGCUUGAUUCUUCUACUAAAGAGAAGUUUUCGCGUCACUUGAUCAUACGCAUACCAGAAACUGCUUUUAAGGACAACUCACAUGCUGGUGCAUUUGUUGCGGAGAUAUGCUCAAGAAUUUGUUGUGGAAGAGAAAGUGAUCCGAGACUUAAGAUGUUGUUUGUGUUAAAAGAUUCAUGCUCUAAUGAGCUCCCACCUCAACUUUUUGUUGACACUGCUGUCUAUUCUCGAAAUCGGUGCUUUCGUUUGGCUCUAUCCUCGAAGGCGGGGAAGAGUUCUGUACUUCUACCUACUGGGCGGUUCAAAUGUAAGAACAUGAGUGAAGAAGAAAUGUUCAUGGACUCUUUAAUAUGCAAGAUUAAUGGUGAUUGCCAAAAGGUCCUAAUUUGCAAACUGGAUUCAGAGUGCAUGAAGACUUUAUGCUUUAAUACUGAGCUGAACAGUAAUUACGAAAAACAUUUGCGUGCUCCACAAGAGUUUGCAUUGAAUGCUUUUUCUAGUGAUAUGCCAACGACACAAUUCAUGGGGAAGACGCCAUUCCCUGCUUUGGACAUAUUUGUGGAAUCUAUUGCCUCUCUGGGUAAUGUGUCAGGCAAAAUUCGGAGCUGGUAUUGGUUUUCAAAUUAUGGUUUGAUGAUUUACAAUAUGCUCAGAAAUAGAUUCUGCGAGCGUAUUGGUAGAGAACACAAAAGCAAUCACGUGAUGUAUGUUGUGGACUUCAGAAGGGCUGUCUUUUAUCAAAAAUGUCAUGACCCUGAUUGCAAAGGGUAUCGAUCUCCCACCCGUCCACUCCCGAUAGAUAUCAUUCCAGAUACUGCAGCUUUUAUGAGUACGUCGCAGACAGAUGAUUACAAGUCAAUGAGUAAUAACCUCGACUAUCAAUGUGGUAAUACCGGUUUAGAGCAUAAUUCUUGUGGUAAAGAUCUGGGGAGCUGCAACCAAAAUAGUUGGUGGCUUGAGGCCAUGAGAGUUGCUGAUAAGAUUGAAAGUAAGAGAAAAGCCCAGGAGCAUGAACCGGAAUUAAUUGAUGACGAAGAAUAUGAGUGGUGGGUGGCUGUAGAAAGGACUGCAUCCCAGGCUGAACAGAAGCAACUCGACUCACAUUAGUUCAACGGCUAUAUAUUUUAUCUGUAUCUUUAUUUAAUUGGUCUGAAGUUGAGAGCUUUUUUCAAGCAGAGAACACUGCGCGAUCAGUCAAUUGUCAACGUGCUCAAGCUGAUGAAGAAUGUAAAGAAAAUUUUGUUGAAGGAUAUUUCAAUUACGUCCGUGAAUGUCUUCUGCAUAUCUCAAUAUCUACAUUAAGUACUAUGGACUCCCGAGAAUAGCAAGUAACUUCCUCAGACUGGUUUCUGUUGGUGGAGUGAAGAAUAAGAAAAAGUACCAAAAUUAUAUAAGGUUCUCGAAAGAUCGUGACAAGAUGCUAAACAGCAUACAUUUGUCAUACAGUCGAAAGAAAUCUGGGGUUGGUAUGGAGUUUCACUAUUCAUACAAUUCAGAUUCGGGAUUCGCUAAGGAUACCUGCGAGGUUUGCAGCCAAAGAUGCUCAAACAGCAUGCAUUUAAAGUUGACAUCUACAGUAACAAUAUUUGUAACAUUCCGAUGAUGGUGAAAGCUGAGGAUGCAGACUAUAUUUGCAAUGCCCAUCAUUCUCCAUAAGCUCGUUAUGGUAGUCAAGUACAGAAUUACCCGUUUGUUUAUCUUAAUGCAAUGGGAAAACUGGGGUAGUUAGUAGUAAAUCAGGUAAUUAUUUUAAGUGAAUCACAACUCAACUUGUACUAGGACUUGGGAUUUACCAGGUCACCAUGAUGUAACUACAUGCAACCUCAGUGACACUCUGUUUUAUAAUUAACUACCAGCAUUUACUGCUCA